CGAAUCACCCUUGGUGCGCUCCCCCCCCUCCAGAGCCUCCCGACGUGCGACGAGGAAAGGAGAAAAAAGGAGGAGGACGCCAGGGGAGAAAGAGAAGACGAGGCCCGAGAAGAGAGGAGUAGCGACGAAGGCUUCAUGGGAAUGACGCCGCUUCUUCAGGCUCACCACGCCAUGGAGAAGGUGGAGGAGUUUGUCCACAAGGUGUGGGAGGGCCGGUGGCGCGUCAUCCCUCACGACGUGCUCCCCGAUUGGCUGAAGGACAACGACUUCCUGCUGCACGGUCACAGGCCGCCCAUGCCUUCAUUCCGGGCCUGCUUCAGGAGCAUCUUCCGGAUCCACACCGAGACGGGCAACAUCUGGACGCACCUGCUAGGCUGCCUAUUUUUCCUCUGCCUGGGCUUGAUGUACAUGUUCCGACCCAACAUGUCUUUCGUGGCGCCGGUCCAGGAGAAGGUGGCUAUUGGCAUGUUCUUCCUGGGCGCCAUCCUCUGCUUGUCCUUCUCGUGGCUCUUCCACACCGUCUACUGCCACUCGGAGGGGGUGUCCAGGGUCUUCUCCAAGCUGGACAACAGCGGCAUCGCCUUCCUGAGCAUGGGCUCGUUCGUGCCGUGGCUCUCCUGUUCCUUCUACUGCUCGCCGCAGCCGUGCUUCAUCUACCUGCUGGUGGUGUGCGUGCUGGGCCUUUCCGCCAUCACCGUGUCCCAGUGCGACUUUUUCGCCACGCCACAGUACCGAGGAGUCCGCGCAGGUGUGUUUGUGGGCUUGGGGCUGAGCGGCGUGGUGCCCACCCUGCACUUUGUCAUCAGCGAGGGUCUCAUCAGGGUCACCACCAUCGGACAGAUGGGCCUUUCCUCAGGGCCUGCCUCGGUUGUGUUAACUGAACGACGUCCCACGUUGACGUCAUGGUGGGGCGGGGGCCAACUUGGAUUUCUGGAGGGAAACAAGAGCGAAGGGGAUGUCCAACCGCUUCUGAGGGCCUCAGAGUGGACAAGCCUGAACACAAACAGGAGAGGCGUCACUGGCGAAAAACAUCAACGGUACUUGAGCCUGUCCACUGUCUUCCCGGAGUGGAUGCAGAUUCAGGUUCUCCGGGGCCAAGAGGUGCUUUGGCACCACCUAGUGGACAUGAGCAGAAAGAGACAAAAUUAGUACAGGAUGUGAAAUGUACCUUUUUCAACUGUCCAGAGAGACAUUCGUCCCAGUGCAGUUUUGGGGGAACCUGCAAAAGAGAAAUGUGUUUAAAAA